UGUUGACUGCUCACCAUGGCGAGUUUCACACAUCGUUGCUUUUAAUUCUAGGCACAUUCGCUAAGGAAUUUACCACCCAUCAUCUUUUCUCCUUCACCGGUGUCGACGUUCUUCCUGAUUUAUAUUAACUUCCUGAACUGUACAGUAUUCUUUUCAGCUUUGUUUAUAUUUUGAAAACAUAUAGUUGUGCAUUUAUUUUCCCUAAUAAUAUGGAUUAAUUUGUCGAUGCCUUCAAAAAUUGACUGGGUAUAUUUGUUCCACCUGAUCAUGCAGAAUAUCCCGGCGAUAACAACACACUCAAAGGAUUAGUGUAGUUUAUAUAGAGCACUGCAUUUAUAUAGAUAAUAUUUUUCUACCCGGAAUAGCUUUAAUAAUUUUGGCAGGGUUUUUUUUUUUUUUUUUUAUAAGAAAGGGAAAAGGGAAGAACAUAAAGAAGAAGGAAACCCCCAAACAGAGUCAUGUCCUUCAGGAGAGGUGUUGUCAGGCAGAGUAAGUUCAGGCAUGUGUUCGCCCAGGCUUGGAAGGCUGAGCAUUGCCUUGAUGAUGUCAGAGUAUCACGCGUGACAUGGGACGGUCCGCUGUGUGCUGCCAAUCCGAAGUUCAUUGCUGUUGUCAUUGAGGCUGGAGGAGGCGGAGCCUUUCUUGUGUUUCCGCUCGCCAAGAGUGGUAGAGUGGACCAGAACACCCCGACUGUGUGCGGACACGCCGCUCCAGUGCUGGAUGUGCAGUGGUGCCCACAUGAUGACAACGUUAUUGCCAGUGCCUCAGAGGACUGCACUGUCAAGAUUUGGCAAAUUCCUGACGGAGGUCUUACAUCUCCCUUGUCUGAAGCUGUUGUGACUCUCGAGGGCCACAGUAAAAGAGUGGGCAUCCUAGCUUGGCACCCUUCUGCUCUCAAUAUCCUGUUGACUGCAGGAUGUGAUAAUGUCAUCUGUGUGUGGGAUGUGGGCACCGGGGAGCUGAUUUACCAGCUGAGUGAUGCCCAUCCAGACCUGAUAUACAGCGUGAGCUGGAACCGAGAGGGCAACAUCCUGUGCACCACCUGUAAAGACAAAGCCUUACGAGUCAUUGAUCCCCGGCGUGGAACUGUCCUUAAGGUGCGGGAGAAGGCUCACGAGGGCACUAGGCCAAUGAGGGCUGUCUUUCUGGCUGAUGGGAAAAUCCUGACAACCGGCUUCAGUCGCAUGAGUGAGAGACAGCUUGCCCUCUGGGACACAAAAGAUCUCUCUGAGCCAAUGGUUACACAGGAAAUGGACACCAGUAACGGAGUUCUGCUUCCAUUCUAUGACCCGGACACCAACAUGGUUUACUUGUGCGGCAAGGGCGACUGUACCAUUCGUUACUUUGAGGUGACAGAUGAGUCACCCUUUGUUCAUUUCCUGAGUCUGUACAGCAGUAAGGAGCCACAGAGAGGUGCUGGUUUCCUAAGCAAACGAGGAGUAGAUGUCAACAAGUGUGAAAUAGCAAGGUUCUAUAAACUUCAUGAGAGAAAGGUUGAGCCCAUAUCUAUGACUGUGCCACGGAAGUCUGACCUGUUUCAAGGGGAUCUGUACCCAGAUACAGCGGGAUUAGAACCUGCUCUAUUGGCGGAAGAUUGGAUAGCAGGACAAGAUGCCCCUCCAAUCCUUGUUUCUCUCAGCGGAGGCUACACGGCCCCUCCAUCCAAAUGCGGCACACUGCGGGGUCGACCCAAACUGCUCUCUCAGACCAACACUAGUCCCACCAGCACUACUGCGCCUGCAAACCCUAUGGCGGUUGAGAUGGAAAGUGAGGGGUUGGGCCACGGACGAGGAGGAAGGGAUGUAGAUGGGAUAGAGAGAGUAAAGAAAGAGGAGGACCAACUUUCUGAUAUUCUGACGGAGGUGCGGGCUUUGCGUGCUCUGGUGCUGGCUCAGGGUCACAGGAUCGAUGUACUGGAAAGACAACUCGCCCGAAUUGAGGAUGGAGAAGUGUAAAGGAAACUACAAACAUAUCACAACACAUAGCCUUACCCACAUUAAAAAAGCUUCACUGAAGGGUUAUGGGAAAUGUAGUUCCAUUACUGUGACAUAGUGAUACAAAGAAUUAAUUGAGCUUGAGCUUUAUUGGUACACUUUGGUUAUUGAUGCACUGAUAUAUAAUAUCCUAAAUGCUGCUCAUGUUCUGCUUUUAAUAGGGCUGUUACAUCAGGUACUUACUGCUAACUACAGACUUUGAAGUCAGAAUUUGGUUGGGUCAAUAUUUGCAUAAACAUGCAAACUUUAAAUGAAAAGCAGACUUGAUAAUCUCUUGUAGCAUGCAUUAAGACAGCUUUUAUGAAUGCUUCUACUUUUUGAAGCAUGAAACAUGUAAUAAUCCAACAUGCUGAAUUAAUUCCUUUCUUCCGCUAAACUUUGAUGGUGCUUAUACUUUGACCAGCACUGUUCUUGAGUUUCUUUCUUCCAUUAUAUGUCUUAACACUUGUAGCAUUGAUUUUGGACGUUGUUAGAGUUUCAUGUGUGUAGCUUGUGAUAGAAACUGUACUUGGUGUUGAAGGAAUUUGUAAGCUAUCAGUAUAAUGAAGAAACAUUUGCUUGUAGAACAAAAGUUUCAGACAUGAAAAUACAGAUGCAGAUCUUCUAGGAUGAAAGUUGUCCUGGUCACAUUUCACCCCCAAAUCAAAAGCAUAAUAAGAAAUUAUUUUUUGAUGUUUUCAACAUUUAUUUUUUAAGCACAUGUUCUGCAUAUUGUAAUUUUACAACUGAUUUUCAUUAUAUUCCCAUUACUGUAACACAGUAAUCAUUUUACCAUAUUACACUAAAAACAUGCUGUGAAACUUUUUUUUUUUUUUUUUAACAUUUAAAUCAGAAUAAAUUUAAGACACUACAUCAAAUACUACUUUUUUUUUUUUUUUUUUUUGCAUUAUUAUAAUGCAAAAUGUGCUUAAUUGUCAUGAAAAUUAUUUAUAAACAUUUAAAAAAAUUGAUUUGAUUUGGAGUGACCUGGACAAGUUCUUGGCAGGAUUGUUAAGAUUCAUCCUGCACCUCUUGAGGAAUAAUUGUGCUUCAUUCCUGUUUGAUUGAAUAUGAAAAAUAAUAGUAGAAUGUGACAUUGAUUUAGAGGUUUAGAUGGUGGUGUUUUUGUAUGUUUUAUUUUUAGUUUGUAAUCAUUGGCACUACAAUCAGGGAUGACUCAAACCGAGGGUCGACUCAUCCUCCUCUGUGAAUGAUUUAAUGUCUAGCUUUAUCUGUUGUAUAUGUUGUACAUGAUCUAAGUACCCAUUUACUUAAAACUUAAGUGCUAACUUAAUCUGUUCUUUUUAAUAAAUUACAUUCAGCCAUA